AUGGGUUUGCUGCAUCGUGACAGGAAGAGAGAGGCACUGGUGUGGCUGUUGCCCGGAGUGCUUGGAGUCUGCAUGGCAUUUGGCCCCAGUAAAGCGGAGGAGGAAGAUUACGAGGACGUCCCCAUAAAUAAAACUUGGGUGUUAUCUCCCAAGGUUUAUGAGAGCGAUGUCACCCUCAUCCUAAAUAAAUUGCUACAGGGCUAUGACAACAAACUCAGGCCGGACAUCGGCGUAAGACCCACUGUGAUUGAAACUGCUGUUUACGUAAACAGUAUUGGUCCAGUGGACCCCAUUAAUAUGGAGUACACGAUAGACAUCUUCUUUGCCCAAACGUGGUACGACAGUCGGUUGAAAUUCAACAGCUCCAUGAAGCUCCUCAUGCUUAACAGCAACAUGGUGGGAAAGAUCUGGAUUCCCGACACGUUUUUCCGCAAUUCCCGCAAGUCCGACGCCCACUGGAUCACCACGCCCAACCGGCUACUCCGUCUCUGGAGCAAUGGGAGAGUGAUGUAUACUCUGAGGUUGACUAUAAAUGCGGAAUGCUACCUUAAGCUGCAUAACUUUCCUAUGGACGAACACUCCUGCCCACUGGAGUUUUCAAGCUAUGGAUAUCCAAAGAAUGAGAUUCAGUACAGGUGGCAGCGUCGUGCAGUUGAAGUGGCAGACCAGCGAUACUGGAGGCUCUACCAGUUUGCCUUUGUUGGCCUUCGGAAUACCUCAGAUGUUGCACACACACAGUCGGGCGAAUACGUGAUCAUGACGAUCUUCUUCGACCUGAGCCGACGGAUGGGCUACUUCACCAUUCAAACCUACAUUCCCUGCAGCAUGAUCGUGGUUCUGUCCUGGGUGUCCUUCUGGAUCAACAAAGACGCUGUGCCCGCCAGAACCUCUUUAGGUAUUACCACCGUGCUAACCAUGACAACUCUCAGCACCAUAUCCAGGAAGUCACUGCCUAAGGUGUCCUAUGUGACCGCCAUGGACCUGUUUGUGUCCGUCUGCUUCAUUUUCACGUUUGCCGCUCUAAUGGAGUACGGGACGCUGCACUACUUCACCAGCAACAGACAAAACAAGAAGACCAAGACUAACAAUGCACCGAAAACCAGCAUGGUGAACAUAAGGCCGGGGACAUCGCUGCUGCAGAUGAACAACAUCGCCCCCUACCACGAGGAGGAAGACUACGCCUACGAGUGCCUGGACGGGAAAGACUGCGCUAGUUUCUUCUGCUGCUUCGACGACUGCCGCUCUGGGGCGUGGCGCGAGAACAGGAUGCAUGUCCACGUGUCAAAAAUCGAUUCCUAUUCCCGAAUAUUCUUCCCCACUGCGUUCGGCCUCUUCAACCUCGUCUACUGGAUCGGGUACCUGUAUCUAUAA